CCAGGUGCUAGAAUCAGCGUCUCAUUAUUGGCCUCUGGAUACAGUGGCGGGACUAAACGAGCUGUGCAACGUGAAUGGAAGUCAAACAGUACUCCGAAUCCACAACUUCACUGUGCUUCCCUCCUAUAACUCUUCCUCUGUCUACACCAUUGACUCUGCCUUCUCUAAUCUCUCGACAAUUGUAGAUAUUGUCGAGGGAGUGGUAAAGAAAGGAAUUUAUCUCAACGGAAAUACAGAUGGUACAUUCCUACACUUUGGCAGUUACAAAAACUCCUGCAUUAGUGAUCCAGCACAAUGCAGUGAUGCAGGUGUGACGUUCUCCUUCUUCUGGAAGAACUUGGAGAAGUGGUCUGGGUCCACCAUCACCUCAGGGGGGAAGGUACUGUCCAGUGGAUUCUCUAUCUAUGCCAGCGUUGACGGAGGCUACAUAGAAUUUUACACACGUAAUACCUUACGCAGGUGGAAAGCAAUGAUCGACCCACCAGGUCCUGAAUGGACACACAUUCUGUUCACAUGGACCUCUGGAGGUGGCCUAAAGAUUUAUGUUAAUGGGACAUUCAGCACCAACGAUACUUAUGGGAAGGUGGCUGCGGAUAAUGAAAAUCAGUAUGCUAAUCUGGCUGGCACAAAGAGCGAUCAACCGUACCGUCGCUAUGUGACAGGGUCAUUCGAUGAGUUUGUUAUUUGGGAACGGGCACUCACACCCUAUGAGAUUCAACUAUACUACAAUGCCACUACAGGUCCCCAUGGAUGCCAGACUGAAAGUGUCUCCGUCUCACCCCAGGGGCAGUCGGAUUCUCGUCCUGUCACAACAGAUGUCCCACUGUCUACAGUCACUUAUUUCCCAAGGACAGUCACUCCUGAAGAGGAAACAGAAAGUCGUCAGUCUCCAGUCACUCCUGAUGGCUUCCUGGAUUCCUCCUUAGUCCUUCCCAAUGAAACAUUGCCACAUUACACUGCCUCCAAUCUUACUGAGAACUUCCUGCAGACCGUUGGUGAAGUUCUGGCAUUACCCAGUUGGAGUGGAACAGCAGAGUCGGUGGCUGUGGUCAGUGGUUUGAUUGGCACAGUCGACAAAGUCAUGACCCAAGUGGCCAGCAGCCUGGAGGGAAACCCCAGCUCAGCCGUCAGCAUCGAGGGAAGCUCCGAGGUGGCAGAUUAUUCGUUAGUCAAAGUUCCAGAUGCCUCAAGUCUGACUAGUUACCGGUUCCCAGCUCGAGGAAUGAGCUACAUCCUGGUCCCAGGGGAGGCUUUCCACAGGAAAACCCAGACCACCAUCGUAGGUCUACUGUACCAUACCAUGCACCAAUACUACAAGCAGAUAGACCCUCUGCAAACCAAGUAA